AUGUUGCCUAUCACCGGAGAAGAGAAAGACGAAGGGGUCCGAGUGGCAGAAAUCCACCUGUCCUAUUGCCAACUCGGAUCCGAGAGGACCCUAGACGAGAGACAAGAGAUCUGCAAGAAAACGAGGAGGGCUGGAGACCCUGGGAUCAUCAUGUGCAGUACAUGGCUACUGGUACUGCAGAUUGUUCUGAUUGGACACUGGGACCCAGUGGGGGCCCAAAAAUCUCUCGACAUAUCCUGGGAAGUCCAGCGCUACGACGGCUGGUUCAACAACCUGAGAUACCAUGAGCGGGGAUCAGCAGGCUCCAAGCUCCAGCGUUUAGUCCCCGCCACAUACUCAGAUGGUGUUUACCAGCCCUUGGAGGAGCCACACCUGCCCAACCCUAGAACCAUCAGCAACAUCGCCAUGAAGGGUGCUGCUGGGAAUUCCUCCUUACAUAAUCGAACUGUGCUUGGGGUCUUCUUUGGCUACCAUGUCCUCUCUGAGGUGGUGAGCGUGGACCGGCCAGGCUGUCCUGCUGAAUUUAUGAAUAUCCGAAUCCCCAAAGAUGAUGAAGUGUUUGGCCCAAACCAAACUGGAAAGGAUGUGGUGCUGCCCUUCCAGAGAAGCCAGUGGGACUCACAGACAGGGCAGAGCCCUAACAACCCCCGAAACCAGAUCAAUGAGGUCACCAGCUGGCUGGAUGGCAGUGCCAUCUAUGGCUCCUCUCACUCCUGGAGUGAUGCCCUGAGGAGCUUCUCUGGUGGAAAACUGGCAUCAGGGCCAGAUCCUGCUUUCCCCAGGGACACCCAGGGGCCCCUUCUCAUGUGGACAGCACCAGAUCCUUCCACAAAGCAGGAUGGACCUCAAGGGCUAUAUGCCUUUGGGGCCCAGAGGGGGAACCAAAAUCCAUUUCUUCAGGCAAUGGGCCUUCUCUGGUUUCGGUAUCACAACUUCUGGGCUCAGAGGCUAGCUGAGGAGCACAAGGAUUGGGGAGAUGAGGAGCUGUUCCAACAUGCCCGAAAGAGGGUCAUUGCUACCUACCAGAACAUUGUCCUGUAUGAAUGGCUACCCAGCUUUGUGAAUAAAACUCCCCCAGCAUAUGAAGGGUACAAGUCAUUCUUGGACCCCAGCAUCUCCCCUGAGUUCCUAGCAGCCUCCCAGCAAUUCUUCUCCACCAUGGUGCCCCCUGGUGUAUAUAUGAGAAAUGCCAGCUGUCAUUUCCAAAACAUCACCUACAACAACGGCCAGAACUCAACAAUAGCAUUUAGAGUCUGCAACAGCUACUGGAAUCGGAAGAACCCAAAUCUGGACAGUGCUGAAGCAGUGGACAGACUACUCCUAGGGAUGGCCUCACAGAUCUCAGAGAGAGAAGACAGGAUUGUAGUACAGGACCUGAGAGAUUACUGGCCAGGCCCUGGCAAGUUCUCACGAACAGAUUAUGUGGCCAGCAGCAUUCAGAGGGGCCGGGAUCUGGGACUGCCCAGCUAUAACCGGGCCCUUGAAGCAUUGGGGUUGGAGACCCCGAAGAACUGGAGUACUCUCAACCCUGAGCUGGAGUCCAAUGUCUUGGAGGAGAUUGCCACCUUGUACAACUGGAGCCUGUCUCUUCUAGAGCUGCUCCCUGGGGGCCUCUUGGAGAGCUAUGGGAACCCUUCACCCCUGUUCAGUACCAUCGUUUUUGACCAAUUUAUUCGGUUACGAGAUGGAGACCGUUAUUGGUUUGAGAACACAAAAAAUGGGUUGUUCACAAAGGAAGAGAUUGCUGAAAUCCAAAAAACAUCCCUCCAUGAUGUCUUGGUUAAUGUCACUAACAUUAGUCAUGAUGCCCUGCAAUCCAGUGUCUUUUUCUGGCAUGAGGGAGACCCUUGCCCACAACCUCAGCAGCUUACAGAAGAUAUGUUGCCCAAUUGUGUGCCCAUGAGAGUGUUGGACUACUUUGAAGGCAGUGGUCCUGGCUUUGGGCUUACUAUUGUAGCCCUCUUCUGUCUCCCCUUAGUAAGUCUGUUCAUUGCCUGGGUGGUGGCACAUUUCCGAGGCAGAGAGUUCAAGAAGCUACAGAAGCAAGAGAAACAGAACUCAAAGAAGGAAAUGCCCAUGGAGGUGGUACCAGCAAUGGAGUGGCCAGGUCCAGGCAUGAGGAGCUCUCCUGUAUACCUACAGCUACUCCCAGAGAGAUCUCUCCGAGUGCUAGAUGAACAGUCUUCUAUGAUCCGGUCCAUCCAACUCCAGCCUUUACAACAGAUAAAUUUGAUUCAGUCAAACAACCAUGGCCGCCGGACACUGCUACUCAAGAUCCCCAAAGAAUAUGACCUAGUGCUGAUGUUUAACUCUGAGGAGGAGCUGGGUACCUUCGUCCAGAGCCUUCAGAAUCACUGUCGUUGUUGGGACCUGGACUUUGGGCUGUCAGAUAUGAGGGAACAAGAUCUAUUAAAAAAAGCUGUGACCAAGCAGCAGCGGGAGCAUAUCCUCGAGACCUUUUUCAGGCACCUUUUUGCACAGGUGCUGGACAUUGGCCAGGCAGAAGCAGGGAUCCGGCAUCCAGACUCAUCUCAGAAGGUGCGAGAGGCCCUGGCCUGUGAGCUGAGCAGGGCAGAGUUUGCAGAGUCCCUUGGCCUCAAGCCUCAGGCCAUGUUUGUAGAGUCCAUGUUCUCUCUGGCCGACAAAGACAACAACGGCUACUUAUCCUUCCGAGAAUUCCUAGACAUCCUGGUCAUCUUCAUGAAAGGCUCCUCAGAGGAUAAGUCCCAGCUCAUGUUCACCAUGUAUGAUCUGGAUGAGAAUGGCUUCCUCUCCAAGGAGGAAUUUUCCACUAUGAUGAGGUCCUUCAUCGAGAUCUCCAACAAUUGCCUGUCCAAAGACCAGCUAGCUGAGGUGGUGGAGUCCAUGUUCCGAGAAUCUGGCUUCCAAGACAAGGAGGAGCUGACCUGGGAGGACUUCCACUUCAUGCUGAGGGACCACGACAGCGAGCUCCGCUUCACUCAGCUUUGUGUGAAAGGUGUUCCAGAUAUCUUUAAGCAGAAUAUCAGCAACCGAGUUUCUUUCAUCAGCAAAAAACGUACAGGAGGGGUAACCACCCGUGUACCCAAGCUAUAUACAGAGGCCCAAAGAGAAAAGCUUCAUGGAGGCCAGUUUUCUCAGAAACUGAAGCAGUUUAAGCGCUUUGUGGAGAAUUAUCGGCGACAUAUUGUCUGUGUGGCUAUCUUCUCUGCCAUCUGUGCUGGUCUGUUUGCAGAGCGGGCUUACUAUUAUGCGUUUGCCUCACCAAGUUCUGGCAUCUCACAGACAACACUUGUGGGUCUCAUCAUCUCCCGGGGCACAGCAGCCAGUGUCUCCUUCAUGUUCUCCUACAUCCUGCUCACCAUGUGCCGAAACCUCAUCACCUUCCUACGAGAGACCUUCCUCAACCGCUAUGUGCCCUUUGAUGCUGCAGUGGACUUCCACCGCUGGGUUGCCAUGGCAGCUCUCAUCCUAGCUAUUUUGCACAGUGCUGGCCAUGUGGUCAACGUCUUCAUCUUCUCCAUCAGUCCACUCAGCGUGCUCUCCUGCAUCUUCCCAAAUGUCUUUGUGAACAAUGGGUCCCAGCUGCCUCAGAAGUUCUACUGGUGGUUCUUCGAGACCGUCCCAGGCAUGACGGGAGUGCUUCUUCUAGUGGUCCUGGCAAUCAUGUAUGUCUUUGCCUCCCAUCACUUCCGUCGACGAAGUUUCCGAGGCUUCUGGCUGACCCAUCAUCUUUACAUCCUGCUGUACAUCCUGCUCAUCAUCCACGGCAGCUAUGCCCUGAUCCAGUUGCCCCGUUUCCACAUUUAUUUCCUGAUUCCUGCUCUAAUUUAUGGUGGGGACAAGUUGGUGAGCUUAAGUCGGAAGAAAGUGGAAAUCAGUGUGGUGAAGGCUGAGCUGUUGCCUUCAGGUGUGACCCACCUGGAGUUCCAGCGGCCCCAAGGUUUUGAAUACAAGUCAGGGCAAUGGGUUCGUAUUGCCUGCUUAUCCUUGGGGACCACAGAAUACCAUCCCUUCACACUCACCUCUGCACCCCAUGAGGACACACUCAGUCUGCACAUCAGAGCUGUGGGACCUUGGACCACAAGACUUAGAGAGAUCUAUUCACUUCCACCAGACAACAGCUGUACCAUAUAUCCUAAGCUGUACCUGGAUGGCCCAUUUGGAGAAGGCCACCAAGAAUGGCAUAAAUUUGAGGUAUCUGUGCUGGUGGGUGGGGGCAUUGGAGUUACCCCAUUUGCCUCCAUUCUUAAAGACCUGGUCUUCAAGUCAUCAGUCAAUAGCCAACUGCUCUGCAAGAAGAUCUACUUCAUCUGGGUAACAAGGACUCAAAGGCAGUUUGAGUGGUUGGCAGAUAUCAUCCGAGAGGUGGAGGAGAAUGACCUUCAGGAGCUGGUGUCUGUGCACAUCUACAUCACCCAACUGGCUGAGAAGUUUGACCUUAGGACUACUAUGUUGUAUAUCUGUGAGCGACACUUCCAGAAGGUGCUGAACCGGAGUCUCUUCACUGGCCUGCGCUCCAUCACCCACUUUGGCCGUCCCCCCUUUGGCCCUUUCUUCAGCUCCCUGCAGGAGGUCCACCCAGAGGUUCGGAAGAUUGGGGUGUUUAGCUGUGGCCCCCCUGGCAUGACCAAGAAUGUGGAAAAAGCCUGUCAACUCAUCAACCGACAAGACCAGGCUCACUUUAUACACCAUUAUGAGAACUUCUGAGCAACUCCAUUUGAGUCCUGGAGAUCAUGGGAAACUUCAUGAAGGAGGGC